UUCCAGGGGUUCGCUGACUGCGUUGCACAAAACAAUGUCCACGCCCAGCAGAACUCAAACAUGACUUGGAGCUCAGUCAGCUUUAGUCUGCUAGAUACUUUCUGGUUAUUUCUGGCCCUGUGUUUCCUUGUAGCUUUUUGCGUCCACAAAGCCUCAGCUCAGCUGCCGGGAUUGUACCGGAAGUCCAGUUUGUUUACAUUGUUUCAGGAUCUGAUUCGUUACGGAAAAACCAAACAGAAGCUGAACCGAGCAGAGUGGCUUCGAGUGUUUGACGUCCCGAAACGGUGGUUUUGGCACUUUUAUGCCAUCUCUGUUUUCUGGAAUGUUUUCCUUCUGCUGUUGUCUAUUAACUUCAUCUACCAGCUGCAGUCUUACCCAUCAUGGCUGACUGGGAUGUUGAAGAUUUUAACAGGUGUGCCCAGCUUUGACGGCCAAGCCCCACAGCUGGCCACAGUCCUGGUGCAGCUGCUGCUGUGUGUCCACUCCCUCAGGAGGCUGCUGGAGUGUCUGUUUGUCAGCGUGUUUUCUGAUGGGGUCAUGCAUUUGGUGCAGUAUUUGUUUGGUCUGGGGUAUUACAUGGUGCUGGGAUUGACUGUGCUUUGCUCGGAUCAAAUGGCAAAAGGUCCUGGCACUCUCCUCUCUCAAUUGGAUUGGAUUCAUGUGGCUGGAUUUGUUCUCUUCAUCGCAGCCUCUCUGCUGCAGCAUCAGUCUACGGUCCUGCUGGCCAGGCUUCGCAAGGGGAAAUCAGGAAGAGUGGAGACUCUGGCUCACAGGGUGCCAGAGGGAGGCUGGUUCGACCUGGUUUCAUGCCCACAUUACUUCGCCGAGCUGCUGAUUUACAUCUCACUGGGCUUCGUUCUCGGCGGACUCUCUCUCACCUGGUGGCUUGUGGUCCUUUAUGUGCUCUUCAGCCAGGCGCUGGCAGGACAGCUUUGUCACGACCUUUACAUUAGCAAGUAUGAGUUAUACCCAAAGCACAGAAGAGCAUUUAUACCUUUUGUGCUCUGAGUGCCCUACAACAGUAACAAGACCUGAAGACACUGAUAAGUAAAGAAAAUAAAAGGAAUGAACCUUCAAUCAAUAUUGUCAUUACAGCCAGAUCCUGUUGAAUACAAAACGUAACAUAAAUACUUUUAUUUUAUGCCAGCAUAUCUUUCCUUGUUACAGAAUUCCAUCAUGUUGAUUCCAAAGUGCUUUAUAUUAAAACAAUAAAAACCAUAAAAACCAUUAAAA